ACCCGUCGCAACUGCGUCGCGGGGCCUCCAGCCGUCGGACGGCGCGACAGCGUGAAAAUGGCGGUGUGAAGAGAUGGCAGGACGUAGAUCGACGCUGUCGAAUGCGGCGGACUCGCUGCCGGGCUCGGGCGGCGGCGGCGGCGGUGUUGGCGUUGGAGGCGGCGAUCCGCUACGUGAACUCUUCGAGGCCUGCAAGACCGGCGAUCUCGCCAAGGUGAAGGCGUUGGUCAACCCGAAGACGGUCAACGCCCGCGAUACUGCCGGACGCAAGUCCACCCCCCUGCACUUUGCAGCUGGAUAUGGUAGAAAAGACGUUGUAGAAUUCCUUUUGUCUGCCGGUGCGUCGAUCCAAGCACGCGACGACGGUGGUCUACAUCCGUUACAUAAUGCGUGCUCCUUUGGACAUUGCGACGUUGUGAGAUUACUUUUAGAGGCAGGAGCAAGUCCAAAUACGAGAGACAAUUGGAAUUUUACACCUUUACAUGAGGCUGCGAUCAAGGGUAAAAUAGACGUAUGUAUUACUCUGCUACAGCAUGGAGCAGAUGUAAACAUUAGGAAUACAGAAGGAAAGACUGCAUUAGAAGUAGCAGAUGUCUCUACGAAACCGGUACUAACGGGAGAGUAUAGAAAAGAUGAGCUCUUAGAAGCGGCUCGAUCCGGAAAUGAGGAAAGAUUGUUACAGCUACUAAAUCCUCUUAAUGUCAAUUGUCACGCCAGUGACGGGAGAAGGUCUACACCUUUACAUUUGGCGGCCGGAUAUAAUAGAUCUAGGGUUGUACAGAUUCUUCUUCAGAACGGCGCGGAUGUACAUGCCAAGGAUAAAGGAGGUCUCGUGCCGCUUCAUAACGCGUGUUCGUAUGGCCACUUUGAAGUAACCGAGGCACUUCUGAAACACGGUGCCGCCGUUAACGCCAGUGAUCUCUGGACGUUUACUCCAUUGCAUGAAGCCGCGAGUAAAUCCAGAGCAGAAGUUUGUUCUCUGCUGUUGAGUGAAGGCGCGGAUCCGACACAAUUAAACUGCCAUAGUAAAAGCGCCAUUGACGUGGCACCAACUCUUGAAUUACAAGAAAGACUAGCGUACGAAUAUAAGGGUCAUUGUCUAUUGGACGCCUGCAGGCAGGCAGAUCUUACUAAGCUUAAAAAGUAUCUGUCGCAAGAGGUCGUUAAUUUCAAACAUCCUUACACCGGUGAUACACCGAUGCAUUGCGCAGUGGCGUCACCGUAUCCCAAACGAAAGCAAGUUAUCGAGGCCUUGAUCCGAAAGAAUGCUGCCAUGAAUGAAAAAAAUAAAGACUUUCUUACGCCACUUCACGUGGCGACUGAUCAUUCGCAUUACGACGCGAUGGACAUAUUGCUGCGGCACAAUGCGAAAGUCAACGCACUAGAUGGCUUGGGACAAACCGCGCUGCACAGGUGUGCUAGAGAGGAUAAUGUGCAAGCUUGCAGAAUACUCUUGUCUUAUAAUAUCGACCCUUCGAUAGUAUCUCUUCAAGGGUAUACUGCAACACAAAUUGCUGCUGAGAACGUAUUAAAAAUAUUGCAAGAUCCACCAAAUGGGACCGACGAUGUAGAAGCACAACUGUUAGAAGCGAGCAAGUCGGGCGAUCUUGCUGCGGUAGAAAGAAUUUUGCAAGCCAAUCCACAUGCUGUGAAUUGCCGCGAUUUGGACGGAAGGCACUCCACUCCACUGCAUUUUGCAGCGGGUUUUAAUAGAGUGCCGGUUGUAGAAUAUUUAUUAGCACACGGCGCAGAUGUGCAUGCCAAAGAUAAAGGCGGGUUGGUUCCUCUUCAUAACGCUUGUUCUUAUGGCCAUUAUGAGGUUACGGAAUUAUUAGUGAAACAUGGGGCAUCCGUGAAUGUUGCUGAUCUGUGGAAAUUUACGCCGCUUCACGAGGCCGCCGCCAAAGGCAAAUACGAAAUAGUUCGAUUAUUACUGAGACACGGAGCGGAUGCCACUAAAAAGAAUAGAGACGGCGCAACACCAUUAGACUUGGUAAGAGACGGUGAUCAGGAUGUAGCAGAUCUCUUACGUGGCAAUAGCGCUCUUUUGGACGCCGCGAAGAAAGGCAAUUUAGCCAGAGUUCAGAGAUUGGUUACGCAAGACAACAUCAACUGUCGAGAUGCACAAGGACGCAAUAGCACUCCAUUACAUUUAGCUGCGGGAUACAAUAAUUUGGAAGUAGCUGAAUUCUUACUUGAACGAGGAGCCGAUGUAAACGCGCAAGAUAAAGGUGGUCUUAUUCCGCUGCAUAAUGCGUCAAGUUACGGUCACUUGGACAUUGCAGCCUUACUUAUUAAAUAUAAUACUGUGGUGAAUGCAACUGAUAAAUGGGGAUUUACACCACUCCAUGAAGCUGCACAAAAGGGUCGAACGCAGCUGUGUGCCCUUCUGCUUGCUCACGGCGCCGAUCCUUUUCUAAAAAAUCAGGAAGGUCAGACUCCAGUGGAUUUGGCCAGCGCGGAUGAUGUAAGAUGUUUAUUACAAGAUGCUAUGGCUUCUCAGCAAAUCGUUCCAUCGGUACCAUCGGGUAACAGUGCUGGUAGCAAUUCUAUUAACAGUAGACCACCCAGUAUCGUAUCUGUUCCUGUUACACCGCCACCGCCUCUCACUCAAGAAACAGUCAUUAUGCCAUCAGGUGCGGCCAUGACUCUAUGCGUGCCAUUGGCUCGCCCGACAUCGUGUCUGAGUCCAAUGCCACCGAGCGAAUCAUGCUCCGAAAAAGAAUCCAAAGAUAUGUGUAAAGAACACAAUAGUAUCACGACCGUCGCCGGUUUUCUGCAAAGUCUUGGUUUAGAACAUCUACUCGAACUAUUUGAACGCGAGCAAAUCACUUUGGACAUAUUAGCGGAAAUGGGUCACGAGGAUUUGAAGCAAGUCGGAGUGUCAGCUUAUGGUUAUAGACACAAAUUAAUUAAAGGUAUGGAUAAGCUGCUGAAUACAGCGGCGGGCUCCCUCUGGCAGCCUUCCAUAAAUCCCGGGACAUUGCUGGUGGACUUAUUAACAGAAGACAAAGAAUUCUUGGCUGUCGAAGAAGAAAUGCAAAGUACCAUUAGGCAACAUAGAGAUAACGGUCAUUCUGGUGGUAUCUUCUCUCGAUACAACAUAGUUAGAAUACAAAAAGUUCAGAAUCGCAAGUUGUGGGAACGUUAUGCUCAUAGAAGACAAGAAGUAGCUGAAGAAGUCGGCGCUGCCGCUCCUUCUUCUCCUAGUACCGGACCUAGAGGUACUUCUAAUUCGACAGUAUCACAGGCGAAUGAGAGAAUGUUAUUCCACGGCAGUCCAUUUAUCAACGCUAUCGUUCAAAAAGGCUUCGAUGAACGGCACGCAUAUAUUGGCGGAAUGUUCGGCGCUGGCAUAUAUUUCGCGGAACAUAGCAGUAAAAGCAAUCAAUAUGUUUACGGUAUAUGCGGCGGUACUGGAUGCCCCGCACAUAAAGACAGAAGCUGUUACAUUUGCCACAGACAUUUACUGCUCUGUAGAGUUACACUCGGCAAGUCGUUUCUACAAUUUUCGGCAAUGAAAAUGGCACACGCUCCUCCCGGUCAUCAUAGCGUAAUGGGCAGGCCGUCACAGGGCGGUUUGGUGUUUCCCGAGUACGUUGUUUACAGAGGCGAACAGGCAUAUCCGGAAUACCUUAUCACGUACCAAAUUGCGAGGCCUCAACAGGAAAGCAACGGUAGUGAUGGCGUUGAGGAACGGUGAUCAAAACAGCCGGGCCCUGCGGCGCGAUUGCGCAGCCUCUGUUGCUGUCAGAGGUCAAGGGCAUGCGGUGCGUUGUCGCGGACGUAAAAUUUAAACUUGCUUCGAUUUCAUUCGUCUAACAACAUUGGUUCUUCCAUUUUUAAAUUGAUUAAAAUAGAAUUUAUGAAAGUAACAAUGUGUAUGUGUGUGUAUGUGUGUGAUCGAAUAUGCAAAAUAUUUUAUUCCAAAAUAAUAUCCAGUCUUAAGGAAGAUGACGUAAACUUAUAGCUUAUUUCUAGCAUUUAAAUAUAAUAUUCGAGAUUAAUUCAAUUGUCAGAUAAUGGAACGAGAUGUAUAUUAGUAUGAUGUAUAUAUUCAUACUGAUACAGUAUGGAGUUUCUUGCAUCAAAUUUGAUGUGCCGACUAGAGCGUGUUCCUAGGCUUAGUUAGUAUUAAAAGUAAUUACAACAUAAUCGUAUACAUUUGUAUACGUAUAAAAAAUUAAUUUAAUCAAUACAUAUUUGAAUUUAAAAAGCAAAUUUCAAUCUGGAAAGUAUACAACAUCAUCGAAGAAAGAAUAUAAUUUACUCUUUCUACAUCUCUCACGAAUAUAUAAUAACUUGUAAAUUAAAUUUAUUUGGUAUUUACAUUAUAAGUAAAGUCUGCAAUGUAAUAAAAUAUAUUUAUAUGUACAGAGAAAUGUUUUUUUAAUACAAAAUGAUAAUAUAUUUACAAUUAUUGUAACAUUUUUUUUGUAUUAUACAAAAAUAAUAUUAUGGUCUUAUUUUGACAACUGUAAAUUGACCAAGAAAUUUAUGUGCAUUGUAUGUGCUCUUUAGUGCUUUUCACAUAAUACAUUUUUCGAUUUAGUUAUAAAUACAAAUCUUUACAUUUCGGACUUUACUUGCGAUGUGUAUAAACUUAUAGCUUUGGUAUAAGUAUUACAUAAUGUAAAUAAUUUUAUUAAUCUCUUAUAGUUUGUAAAAAUAAUCAAUGGGGUUCCUAUAAUUCGAAAUAGCUUUCAAAUUGUAUAGUCUUUUUUUUACUAAGAUAUAAUAAUAGCUAUUUUAUUAACCAUCUGUUUUUUUGAAAAGGAAGGUAUCGGGAGAUAGUACGAACAACAAUUUAAAAAAAAGUCAUAUGCAUUUUCGAUGUCGAGCGAUACAUUAGUUACAAAUAUGAUAACAACGAUUAAACUAUUUAUAAAAUACUAAAUGUAAUUAAAUUGAUUUCAAAAUACGCGUGCGUAAUACAUUUAAAUAAUUUUUUUAAAGCGAUCACGAAGGAAGAUAUCAAAGACAUUUUCUUGAUCUCAUUAAAAACGUCUUUAACGUCCUCGUUCACGACAUGUUUGAAAUUAUUUCAUAGUUAAAAAGAAAGAACUAAACAAGCAUAAAGAACAUAUACAUAUGAAUAAUAGGACUGUAUAUAGAUAGCGGAAAACGAACACCAUUUGCAAUCUCAAUUGCUAUAAUCUUAAUACUUAUUCUCGGUGAUGGUAAUCUUUUUUCUGUGUUUUUAUAUAGGAUGUUUACUUUAAGCGGUACCGACAACUAGACACGGACUAGCAAUCAAUGACCUCUCCGUGCUGUUGUAUCUGCUCUUAAAAAGUUGAUCGCAAUAUUUUCGUAAGGCAGAUGUGCAGUAUUGUCGGAGUUAUACUGAAGUGCAUGUACAUAUUACCACUGUGUUCUAACUGUAAGAGAAUGAGAGACUUAUAAAAAAUGAACAAUGAUUUUCUUUAAUUGUUAA